UGUGGUAAGAAAGGAGGAAACAGAAGUGCCAAUGUAGCGGAAGUGGUACUGCCCUGAACGCUGAGCGAGACGGAGGACGGAGGUUGAAUCGUCCAGAAAGUAAAAAAAGCAGGAUUAAAAGUCACCAAUACUUCUAGAAAAUGGAUAAGAACGAUCUGGUACAGAAGGCCAAGCUUGCUGAGCAGGCUGAGCGCUAUGAUGACAUGGCCGCUGCCAUGAAAUCAGUGACAGAACAAGGCGCAGAGCUGUCAAAUGAGGAGCGCAACCUUCUUUCUGUUGCUUACAAGAAUGUGGUUGGAGCGCGUCGCUCAUCUUGGCGUGUCAUCUCCAGCAUUGAGCAGAAGACUGAAGGCAACGACAAAAAACAGCAGAUGGCACGUGAAUACCGGGAGAAGAUAGAAUCUGAGCUGCAGGAAAUCUGCCAUGAUGUGCUUGGGCUACUGGACAACUAUCUAAUUGCCAACGCAUCAGCUGCUGAAAGCAAGGUGUUCUAUCUGAAAAUGAAAGGCGACUAUUAUAGAUACCUUUCUGAGGUUGCAUCUGGAGAUACUAAGAAGGAUACAGUGGAGAAUUCCCAGCAGGCGUACCAGCAAGCUUUUGACAUUAGCAAGGGGGAGAUGCAGCCAACACACCCCAUCAGGCUUGGCCUUGCCCUCAACUUCUCAGUCUUCUAUUAUGAAAUCCUCAACAACCCGGACAAGGCCUGCAGCUUGGCCAAGACGGCAUUUGAUGAAGCUAUUGCUGAACUUGACACUUUGAACGAGGACUCUUACAAAGACAGCACCCUGAUCAUGCAACUACUAAGGGACAACCUGACUCUGUGGACAUCAGAAAACCAGGCAGAUGAGGGAGAGGCCGGAGAUGGGGAAAACUAAUGGAAUUGCACUGUUAAUCCACCUACACUCUUAUCUUAAACACAGACAGCUUAUAUACAUCCCCCUCCACUCCAUCAGCCCCUCCCACUUCUGUAUGACAAGCAGCCUGAAUUGCUCCUGACCAACUAGUUUACCCCUCUCAGUUCACUGUGAGGUGACAGGGUAAUUUUCAGUUGUUAGCAGAUUCAGUCACUUUGUGGAAACAUGUUGUAUUGAUUAGUGAGUCCAUGUUGCUGUUGUUUUUGUCAGCUUUGUAUGUAGAUCUGUAUGUAGUGAGUGAGCAAGUGUGAAUGGUUAUGAAAGAUUGUGUGUAUGAUUUGGGGGGGAGGGGGGUGUUGUGAAUUCUAAUCAUCCUUCCAAAUUCCUUUGUCCCAGCUAGUUUGUUGUGCAUUUUUCAUCCCCCCCCCUCCCCCCCCUUUUUUUUUUCUUUUUUUGUUACUUUUCUUAUUUGUGAUUCCUCAUGAUAUUUACAGGUUUUAUUUUAUGGUAAUGAAACUGGCAGUUGAUUUCCACCAAACACUGUGAUGGUAGGCGUUCCAUUUGCUUCACAACCCAGAACAGUUUUGUGUUUGAAUUUCCAGACACAUACAAUCCUGUAUUCAACUUAACUGCAAUUCUGCUGUGGGCUCAUACAGAAAGGAGGCAGGCUGUAUUGUGACACUGACAUCUCGGUGUAAUGCUCCUUGAUCAUGUUCACAAAUUCACAGUUUUGAAGUUCCAAGGGACCCCUUAAAUUGUCAUGUUAGAUUUGUUCUGAUAUAAGACAUUCCACAUUAUUAGGCUUCUGGAAACAGCAGUGCUCCUUUUUGUUUUUUUGAACUAAGUAUGAAUUGUCAUUGUAGUUUUACUCACUGUUCAGGUGCUGCUUGAUCUCAGUACUAUGGAAACUGUAUGUGCGUAAAUGUGGUUCCAUGUAUUUUGCAAGAUUGACUAUCAUCUGUAUGUAAAACUUAAAGUAACCUUUUAUUGAUGUUAAUUGAAAAUGUCUUACCACACUGUACCAACCCUGCUUGCAAAAUAUUCCUCUUAAAGCGGUUGUUUUCUCCAAAAAGUUUUUGUGCCUGGCUUUCUCUUGCUGCCCUCCUAGUUAAUUUCAUUUAGAGCAGCAUCCCUUUGUUGAAAAUCUCAGAACGAGUUAGACCACAAAAAUAGUGAAAUCUUGACCUCAGUUUGUACCCAGGUGAAUUGAUCUGUGAAAGAUAGUUGUGAAUGAUAGCCUCAAAAAAGUUACGUUGUUUUAGAAGGUGGAGAAACUCAUUUAUUCACUUUGGAAAGAAGCUCAGUGUCACAAUACCAUGUAUCACCUCUACAUUCCACAUUACAGUAGUUGAAGACACCAUUCCACAUCAUAGCUGGCGGUCUGUUUACUCUGAUAAUGCUCAAAUGAAUUGAAAUCUUUUGUUGGGGAAGAAAAAAAAAAACAUGUCAGUUCAUUAUUAUGCUUGAUGAAAAUGCAGUUAGUGAAUGUGGAACGAAGCCUGUCUGUAUAUCAGGUAUCUACAUGCUUUGUUUUUACUGACAAGUCUUAUGGCUAAAAUUUGCUUCUGUAACAGUCUAUUACCCAGUGCACACACGUGGUUGUGAAAAUUUAGAAUAGCUAUAAAAAGCAGUGACGAAAUGGAGAUAAACAAUGGUUGGUGUAAUUCUAGCUUUGUGUUUAUGUAUCUUAAAACCAUUCUAGUUUCAUUAUACAUGUAAGAAAUAGGAAAGUGUCAAAGACCAUUCAGUGAAAUAAAGUUUCGUUUAAGAUAA